AUGAACAACAAACUAACGGUGUUUACUUUUGUGCCCUGCAGCUGCCGCACCGGGGAGGGGGUGAAGCCUCUGCAGCAGAUGGUGACGCUGCAGCAGAACUUCUCCAGCAUGGAGGAGACGGUCCGAACGCUGCUGCAGAACCAGGACUCGCUGGAAGGGCCCAAAGUGGACCCACUGGACCUAAUGAAGGCUUACAAGGACAAGCUCCUGGAGGAGAUGUGGAAGCAGCAGGACAGGGGGUCGGAGGAAAACCCACCGGAUCCCAACCCCAUGCUGGAGCGCCUCCGGGCUCUGGAGGUGGAGAACUCGGCUCUGUCGGUUGAAAACGACAACCAGAGGAAGCAGUACGAGCGCUGCCUGGACGAGGUGGCGAACCAGGUGGUCCAGGCCCUCCUCACGCAAAAGGACCUGAGGGAGGAGUGCGUGAAGCUGCGGACUCGUGUGUUUGACUUGGAGCAGCAGAACCGAAUCCUGAGCGUUCUGUUCCAGCAGCGCGUCAAAGCGGCCGCCGCACCUUUCUCACAGGAGGUCCAGAGAAAUGGAAAAGCUGGUAUUCCUGCCGGACGGUGGCCCAGUUUGUUGAGCCUGACGUGUCCACGCAGCAGUGGAAGUGGCAGCGAGCUGUCGCUGUCGAGUGCUGGCAGCGAAUACUCCAGUGGCUCCCAUACUUGGGCAGAUGGACGAGGCGUCUCCAAGCAGUGUGCCUCAAGUCGGGACAAGAGGAUGAGUACAGGAUCAGUGUCCAGCAAUCAUUCGGCAUCCAUUGAGCAAACAGAGCUUGGAUGGAAGGAGGGUCAUAUUAUGAAAGGUCUAAAGCGUCUUCAGAUGAAAAAGUCCAAAGAGGCUUCCUCACAUGCUUCCGUUUCACACUGCAAAGACUGCAUGAUCUCAAAUGAGGGCAUCUAUUCUUUUGGUGUCAAGUCUCACCAACAAGGAACUGAAGCCAACAAGGUAGCACCUUCCAAGACUGACGCAGGGAUCGGCACCUUGGACUCCGAUGAUCCAGAUGAUGAAACAUCUAAAUUAGUCAACAGGGAAUCCAGUGGUCAACCAACCAAAGACCAUCUUUGUUUGGACAAACUAGAUUUCUCUGAAGAUGAUGACAAAAGAUUUCAAGCAGAUUCUGUCAGCCUUUCUGCAGAUUCUGGUCUUUUCCCCUCACCUGACUCAGACAGCUUCUUGUUUUUGGAGGCGCCCACACUCAAACCUGGCGAGAGCCCAACUGAUAGCCUUACACAUCUGGAGAAAAUGGACAAGAACUCACUAGAGAAACAGAAAGUGGUCCAUGAUAAAACUCGCAAAAAGAUUGAGACCCGCUGUAACUCACUGGAUUCUGAACCUAUUCAACCGGUUGCUUUGGACGGCGGUGGGAUACCUCUUCUCAAACCGGUGAUGGGCAUGAACGGGGCCAAGGCUCGCAGCCAGAGCUUUGGCGCACGCUACAUAGACAGACCAAGCUUCAACAAAUCCGGAAAGGCUAGACGGCUUCAGAUUGAGCAACAGUUUUCAAGCGCCUUCGGGGAGCCGGUCUCCGAAGAGCCAGAGAGACAAAGCACUAUAACCACCAUUGAGGAGAAGGUGAUGCUCGGAAUUGAGGAGAACCUGCAAAAGUCUCAGGAACAAGAGAAAACCAGUGAACUCGGCGGGAAGGAGAGAGUCUCAUGA